CGUUACUGCUCGGCGCUGCGCCUUUAACAUCCCUAACACUUCUGUGCAGUCCGACAUGAAAAGAAACGGCGCGUAUAAGUUCCUGUCGGUUUUCUCGUGCUUCAUCGUUUGCGCGUUUUUGUUUAUAUUUUGGUUCUUUAUAUUUUACUCAAUGAUACAUGCACCGUAAAGCACACACACUUAUCUUGCAGCUAGGCUAGCUGGCUGCCUUGCUACUUACCCAGACUGCACUGCUUUAUUGACAAGUCCCGUGAUCACAUGAUUAAGUUCACCAGGAAGUAAGGAGAUCUGUUUGUAAUACUUGGCUGCACGACCUGUUAGUGAAGUUGUGAUGGCAUCUGACACCAGUGAAGCAGCGUCCUCCACUGCAGACCUCAAGCUGCAGUUUGCUCCCUUCAGCAGUGCUCUGGAGGCAGGCUUCUGGCACCAACUUACCCAGAAGAAACUCAACGACUACAGACUGGAUGAGAGCCCCAAAUCUAUCAAAGGAUAUUACUACAAUGGUGACCCACUUGGUUUGCCCACUCGCCUGACAUUGGAGUUCAGUGCAUUUGAAGUGGAUGGUCCGACUCCAGCCCGUUGCUGUCCAGCUGUUGGAACGUUGUAUAACACCAACACACUCGACGCCUUUAAGACCACUGAUAAGAAGGCUCUGUUGGAGAAAGAAGCCAAGGAGAUAUGGGAUGCUAUACAGUCUGGGGCAGCAUUGAAGGACCCAUCCAUCCUCUGUAGAUUCCUUCUGCUGACUUUUGCAGAUUUGAAGAAGUACCAUUUCUACUACUGGUUCUGCUUCCCUGCACUCUGUUUCCCAGAGGGAAUAAAGAUUGUCCAACAACCUUCUGUCCUAGAGCAGGUUUUCUCAGCAAAACAGAUCGCAGCCUUGCAGGAGGCCUAUGAUGGCUUGUGUAUCAAAAGAGAGACCACUGCGGUUCCCUACUUCCUAAUGAAGUACACAGAUGACACUGUUCACAUGGCUCCACUCGAGGACUGGGAUACUUUCUUUACUGAUACUAAGAAGGUUACUGUGGGUGUCUAUGAUCCGUGUACUCUGUCUCAACAUCCGGGCUGGCCUCUGAGAAAUCUGCUGGUCCUCUUAGCUAACCGAUGGGGCUCUAAGCUGGAUACAGUGGAGGUGCUGUGUUUCAGGGACAGAACUCUGCAGGGAAGCCGCACCAUUCAGCACAGUCUAAUCUUCCAGAUCAAACUGCGUGAGCUUCCCCACAACUCAGCAUGUCCUAAGAGUGUUGGCUGGGAGAAGAACCCUAAGGGGGCCAUGGGACCCAGAAUGGUCAACCUCAGUGAAUGUAUGGACCCUAAAAGGCUUGCAGAGUCAUCAGUGGACCUGAAUCUGAAGCUAAUGAGAUGGAGGCUGGUUCCUUCUCUGGACCUGGACAAGGUGGUCAGCACAAAGUGUCUUCUACUGGGAGCUGGGACUCUGGGCUGCAAUGUUGCCAGGACUCUUAUGGGAUGGGGAGUGAGACACAUCACAUUUGUAGACAAUGCAAAGAUCUCAUACUCCAACCCAGUUCGGCAACCGCUCUAUGAGUUUGAGGACUGUCUUGGUGGAGGGAAGGUCAAAGCCAUGGCAGCUGUUGACCGACUCACCAAAAUCUUUCCUGGUGUGAAUGCUGAGGGUUACAAUAUGAGCAUCCCCAUGCCCGGGCACCCAGUUAAUUUCUCUCAGGCCACUCUUUCCCAGGCACAGAGGGAUGUUGAGCAACUGGAGAAGCUAAUUUCAAAACAUGAUGUGGUCUUCUUACUAAUGGAUACGAGGGAGAGCCGCUGGCUGCCUACAGUGAUAGCUGCAAGCAAGAGGAAGCUUGUGGUGAAUGCCGCUCUAGGCUUUGACACAUUUGUUGUGAUGCGGCAUGGCCUGAAGAAACCCCCCGUCAGUCAGAGUGCUUCUGCAGGGGCAGACUCUUCCCCUUCCUGUUCUUCUGCUUCCUCUUCGUCUUCUACACCAGCUGGCUCUGCACCCUCUGUCCCAGGAUCCUCUCUGUUCUCCAACAUCCCAGGGCACAAGCUGGGCUGCUACUUCUGCAAUGAUGUUGUGGCACCAGGAGAUUCUACCAGGGAUCGGACUCUGGAUCAGCAGUGCACAGUCAGCAGACCAGGCCUGGCCAUGAUUGCUGGAGCGCUGGCUGUUGAGAUGAUGGUAUCCAUUCUGCAGCACAGUGAAGGAGGCUAUGCAGUGGCCAGCAGCAGUGACGACAGAAUGAAUGAACCUCCCACCUCUUUGGGCCUAGUGCCACAUCAGAUCCGUGGUUUUCUUUCGAGGUUCGACAACGUCCUGCCUGCCAGCCUGGCCUUUGACAAAUGCACUGCCUGCUCACCCAUUGUCCUGGACAAUUAUGAGAGAGAGGGUUUCAACUUCCUGUCCAAGGUUUUUAAUUCUUCCCACUCAUUUCUGGAGGACCUGACAGGGCUGACGCUGUUGCAUCAGGAGACACAGGCUGCAGAGAUUUGGGAUAUGAGCGAUGAUGAGAGCAUCUGAAGGACUGGAGGAACAAACUCAGAGCCUCCAAAGGAAUGGACACUACCCCAUGUUUGUGUCUAUUUUUUUUUUUUUUAAGGAAUCUCAUAUUUACAAAGGACAAGGGGACAAAUGCUUUGCGGUAAACAAACUGAUAAAAUCCACAAAAAAGAACAUUACAAAAACCUCUUCAGAAAAGUAGCUGAAAAGCCUAACAAUUCCUAUUAGUGUACAUUCGGAUUCAAGAUCACCCAAAGCAUUGGACCUUCAGAAUAGUACUGCUAAAAUAUUCAGUGAAUAGUGAGUCUGUUUUUCCACUGUUACAUUAGAAACAGGAUCAGAGCUUUGAACAAGUUCAUUUUCUACAUUGUGUGUAUGAAGCUGUUGUAUUUUAAGGGAGGAUGUACCUGCAGCUAACACUUGAUGUGUAAUCAGUCACAUUUACUCAGUCAGUCAGUCAAUUCAAUUCUCUGAGCAAAAACACAACAUCACCCUGUAAUUAUAUUAGGGACUUUUUUGUCAAAAAGCUUAAAAGAACUCACUGAAUGUUCACAGGUUCAAUCCCACCCACAGUCUCUCCAUCAACACAUUUAAUGGGCUUGUUGGAGAGUCCUUUGGCCAAACACAGACAUACUACAUCUGCUCACUCAUUCAGUUUGGAAAAGAGCUUGAGAUAAAUUAUGAAAAUACAAAAACACAUUCGACAACUCAGCAAAUCCAUCCAUCUCUCUGUGUGCUCGUUGGAGACUGCGAUACAUGCAGUACAGUUAAUACUAAAACCAGCUUGGUUGUUUUGUAGGAAACCUGCACACAGAUGUUACUAUACAGCGACUGAACUGUGGCUCCUGAUAUAUAAAUGACUUACUGUUACUGUAAACAACGUGGAACCUACAACGACACAGUUUAACGUAAAGCGCUUAUAGAGAAACUGAAGGUCUUAAUGAUUUGUGUUGAUGCAUGCUCGUGUUUGUCUGUGCGAUUUAUGUCGCUUUUCUUACUCUGCCUAUUUUUCUGAACUGCUAACAUGUAAAAUAUUUUCAGUGUAAUGUAAAUUUCAACAUCCACUUGGGAUAUUUAUGGGAGAGAACGAGUGCAAUGUGAAAAAGAGAUCUGAGGUUCCUUUUUAGAAUUUGAGAUUAAAAUUUAAAAAGUGAAGUCAGAAUUGUGAGGACGCAUAGUUACAAAAUAAACUACAGAAUUCCUUUGGAUUUUAUUCCCAAAAUUGAGAUUUAACUCCAAAUUCUGACUUGGUUUUCAUAAUUCUGACUAUUCUCAGAGCUAUUUUUGAUUAUCUUUUUCUCUUCUGUAAGCAUUUAACCAAAAACUGGAAUAAAAUGUCUCUUGAUUAUUUCUGUUAAAAA